GUAGAUUGGCCUAUAAAAGGAGAAUAAAGAGACCACAAGAAGGUCUAUUAUUCGGGGACUAAAGAAAGCCAAAGAAAACAUGAAAAUAAUAGUCUCCAUCUUAGUGUUAGCCUCUCUUCUUCUAAUCAGUUCAUCUCUUGCUUCGGCUACUAUAUCAGAUGCUUUUGGUAGUGGCGCGGUAGCUCCGGCACCGCAGAGCAAAGAUGGACCGGCGUUAGAGAAAUGGUGUGGACAGAAAUGUGAAGGGAGAUGCAAAGAAGCGGGGAUGAAAGAUCGGUGUUUGAAGUAUUGUGGGAUAUGUUGCAAAGACUGUCAGUGUGUUCCUUCAGGCACUUAUGGGAAUAAGCAUGAAUGUGCUUGCUAUCGUGACAAGCUCAGUAGCAAAGGCACUCCUAAAUGUCCUUGAUUCUAUUUCUUUCCAACCAAAAAUUUAAAUAAAUGAAUAAGAGAGAUCCAGUAAACUAAUAUAAAACUAUAAAUGGAUCUUUUGUUUAUGAUUUUUUUUUUUUCAUUUCUAUUUUUACGAAUUUGUCUUGGUCUUUUUGAAGUAAGUUUUUAAAUAUUGAAAAGUGCUAAAAUUAUGUGGAAAUCGAUAAUGUUAAUGAAUGAUAUAAUAUAUAAGUCCUCAGUUUUUGUAAGAAACUUGAAUAUAAAUAAUAUUUCAUCAAACAUAAUAAAUAAAUAUAUUGUAUAAUUAGAUUGGCUCAACCGAUAU